UCUCCUUCGACGACCGCUGUACUUGUAUUAAUACCUGUUUUUAUUGAUCUGACCAUCUACAACCCCUCUCCUCCGGCUCGUCGACCUACGCCAUUGCACCUUCUCGCACCACAUCGCAUCGCAUCGCACGAAUUGCAAUCCCGCCAUGGCUCCUGCCGCGGAAGAGAACCAGACUCCACUAAAGAGAGCGAGGAUGAGAUCGAAAAUGACUCGCAAAAGAAGCCUCGCUUUGUCCAACCCACCCAUCUGCCAUCGCCAGUCACGCGCAAAGCCUCAAACUCGACCGAGGGACAAUUGACGGCCUCGACUGGUGUCUCGCAGCUGUCCGAGAAGCCCGAAGCCUCUCCUCCCUUUGCCGCCGGCUUGCACUCGCCUCCAUCCGACACCCAGCCCUACAGCCAGUUCUUGCCGCCACCACCCAUCAGCUACGAGGUCGAAGAUGAGGAAGCCGAAGGGGUCUGGGGCUACCUCGUGCCCCUUGAUGGAGUUUCAGAACCUCUAGUCUUGAGACGCCGUGCGGCAUGCCCCGUACCCCAAACAAAGGUCGGUCGUACCGAUGGUAAGAGUGCAGUGUCGCGCGACGAGUAUCUCAACCAAGAGGAGUCAUACGAGAAGGAGAAGGCAGAAAAGGGCAUUCCCGCUGGCGGUUAUCUCAUAGGAAGACAUCCCGAGUGUGUCAGCAACCGCCAUUGCCUGCUGUUCUGUGAGAAUAAGGAUAGUGACCAGAUUGCUGUCGUCGAGGAUCUUUCCGGCAACGGCACGUACGUCAACAAUGCCAUUGUGGGUCGAAACAAGCGACGCGACCUCUACGACGGCGAUGAACUAUCCGUUCUGGAUGUGGCACGUUUUAUCUUCCGAUACCCCAGCAUACGUGACACCAAUGGCUUCCGUCAACAAUACUCGAUUCAAGGACAGCUCGGAAAGGGCCACUUCGCGACAGUCUACCUGUGUACCGAGAAGUGCAGUGGUGCUCGCUAUGCUGUGAAAAAGUUCGAAAAGCGCCGGACGACGACUAACUCUCAGGCUGCCGAAGAGAGAAGCAGAGUAGAUGGUUUGCAACAAGAAAUUGGUGUGCUGAUGGGAGUCUCGCAUCCCAACGUCCUCUGUCUAAAGGACACGUUCGAUGAAAGCGACGGCGUGUACUUGGUCCUCGAGCUUGCCCCUGAAGGCGAACUCUUCAACUGGAUCGUCGCUAAACACAAGCUCAGUGAGACUGAAACUAGGAAGAUCUUCGUUCAGCUUUUCCAGGGCAUUAAAUAUCUGGUGUCCUGCAGNCACGAACGCAACAUUGUUCACCGCGACAUCAAACCUGAAAACAUUCUUCUCAUCGACCGUGAUUUGAACAUCAAGAUCGCCGACUUUGGACUCGCCAAGAUUAUUGGAGAAGAGUCAUUCACAUCCACUCUUUGUGGCACACCAUCGUAUGUUGCGCCCGAGAUUUUGGAGCAAGGCAAUCGUCGCAGGUACACACGGGCUGUCGAUGUAUGGUCGCUGGGUGUUGUCCUGUACAUCUGCUUGUGUGGUUUCCCACCAUUCAGCGACGAGCUUUACUCGCGUGAGAAUCCGUACACGCUUAGCCAGCAGAUCAGGAUGGGGCGAUUCGAUUACCCGAGUCCUUACUGGGACAGCGUCGGCGACCCGGCACUGGACUUGAUUGACAAGAUGCUUACAGUCGAUGUUGAGAAGAGAAUCACGAUAGAUGAAUGCCUUGAGCACCCGUGGACUACUGGACGCACAGAGAUGAGCUUUGGAGCAAGCAUGGAGAGCACAGAUGGCUUGACAGGGGCAAUGGGCAAGUUGGAUUUCUCUAAGCGAAAGCCAGUCCGCGAGAGGACACUGCUCAGCUCCAUCAACGAUGCAACCUUUUUCAAGACACAGGCAACAGAGAAGGACGAUCGAGACGUCAAGGUCUGGGAACAGAACAAGGAUCAAGACAAGAAGACGAAUGUCAAGGAAGAGGCACCGGCGCAUGACAGAAACCCGGACGAGGACAACAAUAACACCCAAUUGUUGCCCGCGGCUCGAUCUUCUUCCUCGAACCUCAGUCAACGAACAAUGGGAGUCUUGGCCACUUUUACUGACGCCGUUUCGGCGCAUUUGGGCGACAAGCCUCUGUGGCUCGCCGUCUCGAUCGUCGGCGGCGCGGCUUUCGUUCUCGCCAUUGUCCUCAAUGUUCUCUCGCAACUGCUGCCCGUCCGUCGCAAGGGCUCCGAGCCGCCGCUCGUCUUCCACUGGGUGCCCUUCAUUGGCAGCACCAUCACCUACGGCAUUGACCCCUACAAGUUCUUCUUCAAUUGCCGUGCCCAGUACGGCGACGUCUUCACCUUCAUCUUGCUCGGCAAGAAGACCACUGUCUGCCUCGGCACUAAGGGCAACGACUUCAUCCUGAACGGCAAGCUCAAGGAUGUCAACGCCGAGGAAAUCUACAGCCCCCUGACCACCCCCGUCUUCGGCACCGAUGUCGUCUACGAUUGCCCCAACUCCAAGCUCAUGGAGCAGAAGAAGUUCGUCAAGUUCGGCUUGACCACCGAUGCCCUCCGCUCCUACGUGUCCGUCAUCGCCGCCGAGACAAAGGACUUUUUCGCAAACUCCAACUGGUUCAAGGGCAAUGCCGGCGAACUCAACGUCCCCAAGGCCAUGGCCGAGUUGACAAUCUACACCGCCAGUCGUUCGCUCCAGGGCAAGGAAGUUCGCGCAAAGUUUGACAGCACCUUCGCCGACCUGUACCACGACCUCGACAUGGGCUUCACNCCCAUCAACUUCAUGCUUCCCUGGGCUCCUCUCCCGCAGAACCGCAAGCGCGAUGCUGCUCAACGCAAGAUGACCGAAACAUACAUGGAGAUUAUCAAGGCCAGACGCGACAGCGGCAAGACAAAGCCCGAAGAUGGCGAGACGGACAUGAUUUGGAACCUGAUGAACUGCGAAUACAAGACUGGCCAGAUGAUCCCUGACAAGGAGAUUGCUCAUAUGAUGAUUGCUUUGCUCAUGGCUGGCCAGCACAGUUCUUCUGCUUCCAUCUCAUGGAUUCUGCUUCGUCUGGCUUCUCGCCCCGACAUUGUCGAGGAAUUGCUUGCCGAACAAAAGGCCGUUCUUGGUGCCGACCUGCCCGAGUUGACCUUUGAGGAUCUCUCUCGCCUGCCUCUCCACUCUCAAGUUGUCAAGGAGACUCUGCGUCUUCACAGCCCUAUCCACAGUAUCAUGCGUGCUGUCAAGUCGCCCAUGCCUGUCGAAGGCACUCCCUACAUCAUUCCCACCACUCACGUCCUGCUCGCCGCCCCUGGUGUUACAUCCAAGUGUUCUGAGUAUUUCCCGGAGCCUGACCUUUGGGAGCCGCAUCGCUGGGACGCUGAGGCUACUGGCAAGUACACAAGCCUCAAGCCUGUCAUUUCUGCCAAUGUCGAAGACGAUGAGAAGACUGACUACGGUUAUGGAUUGGUCUCCAAGGGUGCCAGCUCGCCCUAUCUUCCUUUCGGUGCUGGCAGACAUCGUUGCAUUGGUGAGCAGUUUGCCUAUGUGCAGUUGCAAACCAUUCUGGUGACCAUGGUUCAAUCGUUCAAGUUCCGCAACCUAAACGGUCGCGAGGGUGUUGUUGACACUGACUACUCGUCACUGUUCUCGCGCCCUCUGACACCGGCUUCUAUUCAUUACGAGAAAAGAGUCAACGAGAAAGCA